ACACGCAUGCCAUGUGCAUGGCUCAACGUGACCGGGAUGAGAGCAAGUCCUUUCGUACGAAUUGGGUGUUUGCCUAUCGACCUACGUGUUACGACGCACCGGAGGGUAUUUAGACUGCCUAUGUAGUCUUCCUGAAAGUCCGGUGAUGUAGGUAAAGCUAAACCGUCUUCCUACAUCUUCCUACUUCUUCCUCUGUGUCUUUCCUUAGCCCAAUUUCGUCUAAUUAAGAUGGCUAUCGGCAGUGUCAAGUCUAGAGUCAGGUCAUUUUUCCGACCUGGCUUAGCUAAGAGGAGAAGAUCAAGUAACACAUCUUCGGAAUGUGAGCACAAGAAAAUAAAGAAUGAGUUGAUGGCGCCAGCCCAGACCGACGCCAUCAAUAAUGCUGCUGUCGGUAUCGAUGGCGUCGGGCUUGAUAUGCAACUCGCUAGCCCGUUCUUCCGGAACCUUCCUAUCGAGAUCCGGAGGAUGAUAUAUAAUCUCGUCUGGACCGGCCCCUACGAUCACAAAUACCAUGCUGGCCGCGGUCGUCACAUUCAUUUCCAAAAUGGCCAUUGGAUUAAUGCAAGAUGUGUCAUGUAUGAGGAUGACGAGGACCUCGAUCUCCUCCAGAAGAAUAUGGACUCAAUGCAUAGUUCGGGGAAAGGUGACUUAGUCAUGUGGCAGAGGAGGCUGGCGUCGACCUGGGGAUGCCGACAUUGGAGAUGCGAAGAAAGAAUGCAAUAUGAGAGAAGGAAGUCGGUGGACCACACUGACUUCAUGUCCAUGAUGCUGGUUUGCAAGCGCAUGUUUCCUGAAGUCGUCGAGUCGAUAUUCGAGUCGCACCAGUUUCUAUUCAAUGACUUCUUCUCCGCACACAGGUUCUUCGUCUACAACCCAUCACCGUAUAUCCCGUACAUGCGUCAUCUGGACCUGUCGCUCAACCUUCCUUUUCACGAAUACGCGCCGUUCGUCAUUGACGCACCAAAAAGCCGAGUCCGCGAACUCUGGAAGGCCCUAGAACGCAUUUCGUGCCUGCAUACUUUGCGCAUCUCCCUUGACAUUUACGAUCGCGGCGCAUGGCGCAAGAUUCCGGAACGGGGUGUUACGGAGCAGCUCAGGAACCUGAAGGUGCUGAAAGAUUUCACCCUCGAAUUACCACCGUCGCUGCCUAUCAAGGCAGACAUCCCAAAUAUGCACAAUCUCGAUGCCCAAGGAGAAGAACCAUUCACGGUUGUGCGCCGCCCUCCUUUGCGAUACUGGCAAUUCACUCCCGGCCAGGUAGAGCGCUUCACGUGGGACACGCACACGAAAGGCCAGCAGAGCCACUGCUUCAUUACUUUGGCUAGAGAGGCGAGGAAUGUUCCGAAUCCGUACUUAUUGGACUUCUUUUGAAGACGCCAUGCUAUAGAUGGUGAGAACGCACGUUGAUUGGUUCUUCGUCGGUAUAGGAGCCUGUAGGGUCUCCAAACAGAAACUGUUUCCUAACAUCACAUGUCUACCAUUAAUCUAUUAACCUCGAAUGACUCAUUUCGGAUAGGGUC